AAAAUUAAAUGACACCAGAGUUUCUUGUAUUUUUUUACAAAGAUUGAUAAUUAAAAUGUAUAAUAUAAUGUCAGUAUUUUUUUAAUAAUAUGAAUUUAACUUUGUGCAAUGCAUAUACACUCUAUUUAUUAAGUUAUAAACAUGUUUAUUUGUUGCUAUAGUACCGAUUUAAAAAAAUAUAUCAAUACCGAUUUUGACAAAUAGAAAUCACAGAUAUAAAUAUUAUGAAGAGUAUUUUCUACAAAGAGAGAUAUUUUCAAAGUUACUCUCUCAAAUGGACCAAGCUUUAUAGGCAUUUUUAUCCAGCUGUUCACCAGUUGUCCAUCGUAACGAACAUCUUGAAAGCAAUGCGAAGCUAACCUUAAAUUCAAAUUUUUGAUCGACAAAAUGUCAGAACUCUUUAUUUAAAAGUGAAAUUUUAAAUCAUUAUGAUGGAUUAUCUGAAACAGCCGGUAUUCGAAGUAGGAGAUAUCAACAAGGAAGAUAUUAAUUUUUCAUUACCACCAAUUUCCGGAGAGGACUACAUCAAACGAGUGGUAAUAGAAGCCCGACAAUGUGCAGACAUAGUAGUGGCUGAUAUGGAUCCAUCAUGUAUGAAACUUUCAAGAGGUUCCGUUAAAACUUUAGCAGGAUGUAUCCAAGCACCGCCGAGUCUCAGUCCAACCUUGGAGUGGCAACAGUAUCAAGUCUCUGACUUUUCUGAUAUAAGACUGUAUGUAAGUCAAUUAAAAGACGAGAUACAAGUGGGUAAACGUAAAUGGAGACCACCUGAUAUUAAUUUGCCGGAAAAAAAUGAUCAAAAUGCUUGGAUCAGUUUCUGUUUGGGUAGCAAAGAGAAAAUUGAACCCACAUUGAGUAUUCUGUUUUGCUUCAAUCAGUCAACUGUGGAGCAGCUACUUGAAUAUUUGGUGCACUUUGUAGAAACUGAAAGGAGAAUCGAAUACAAAAUAGGCCAGUGGAUCUACACAUUACUCGCGAUCUUGGAGCAACCAUUACAGCCUGAUACCUGUUCCUGUCUGCGUUCAUUGGCACGAGCGUGUUCAGUCAUCCGUGCAGAUUCUAGAGAAUUGGACACGCAAGAGCUGGGGGCGCUGAAUUUAUUCAUCUGUUUGGUAGCAAGAUACUUCCGUCAAUUAGACCUGGCAGAUCCUUCAGAAUUUCCCAAUACACAAUUAAUCUAAUUAUUUAUGACGCAAUGUGAUUCAUGUAUACAUACAGCAAUUUUAAUAAAGUGACAGUACGUUUAAAUUUUAA